AUGUCGUUCACGAGAAACCUCACACGCCUAGGAGGCAUUCUGGCUCUGGGAGUCACCGCAGCGCAAGCUGCUUACUCCAUCCAAGACACUUACGACCCAACCAAUUUCUUCGACGGUUUCGAGUUCUUCAGCCAGCCCGACCCAACUAACGGCUUCGUCAAGUACCUAACCGCCGAGGAGGCCAAUGCGCUGUCGCUGGCUGGACUUGCCAACGAAGCCGUCUACAUGGGCGUCGACUACACCACCCUGAACCCCACAGGUGGCCGUAACUCUGUCCGGGUCAACUCCAAGAAGACCUACAACCAGGGCCUUAUCAUCGCCGAUAUUGCCCACCAACCUGCUGCCCAAUGUGGAACUUGGCCUGCAUUUUGGACUGUCGGUCCCAACUGGCCAUAUGACGGAGAAAUCGACGUCAUUGAGGGUGUCAACCUGGACACUAACACCACGUACACCCUCCACACCGGACCUAGCUGUACAUUCACGCAAGGGGAUUGCAACGCCCCCGGAACCGGUAACAUCGGCUGCGGUACCUCAAGCCAAGACACACAGACCCUAGCCGACGGCUUCAACGCCAUCGGCGGCGGUGUCUUCGCCCUCGAAUGGACCGCAUCAGCGAUCAACAUUUUCUUCUUCCCACGCAGCAGCAUCCCGCAAGACAUCACCAGCGGCCAACCCAACCCCAGCACCUGGGGGCAGCCGCAAACCUCGUUCUCGGGCGACGGAUGCGACAUCCCAUCGCACUUCCGCGACCACUCCAUCGUCUUUGACACCACUAUGUGUGGUGACUGGGCCGGAAAGGUCUUCGGUUCCGACCCGACCUGCAGCUCCAAAGCCGCAACCUGCGAGGAGUACGUCGCGGCCAACCCCGACGCUUUUAAGGAUUCGUACUGGCUUGUCAACUCCGUCAAGGUGUACUCUGACAACUCCACCAUGAAGCGAGACGCACCUUUCGCGCGACGAUUUAUCGCGUAA